AUGGGAAACAGUUUACGGUGUUGUUUGGCUUGUGUACUUCCAUGUGGAGCUUUAGAUUUGAUCAGAAUCGUUCAUCUCAACGGUCACGUCGACGAGAUCACUCGUUCAAUGACCGCCGGAGAGAUCCUUCAGGCGAAUCCUAACCAUGUCUUAAGCAAACCAUGUUCCCAAGGAGUUGUACGUAAGAUCUUGAUCCUAUCUCCUGAAUCUGAGCUUAAGCGUGGAAGCAUCUAUUUUCUUAUCCCGGAUACUUCCUUGCCGGAGAAGAAGAAGACGAAGAAGAAAAAGGAUCUCCGGCACCAGAAAAGGACUCUUGAAAACAGCAGCAACAUAAAUAGUGAUCAUAUGGUGAGUACUAAUAAGGAUCUUGAUUUAACGUUAUGUGAGAAAUAUUUGGAAGAUGUUAUGUUGUCGUCGUCUUCAGAGAAGAAUUGUUCGGCCGGUAAAGAGAACCGUCACCGUCGGAAACAUAGUCGAUCGGCGUCGGUGUCCACGUGGCGGCCUCACCUUGAUAGCAUCGUGGAGGAUCUUAACUAG